AUGGUACUCUGUCUGAUCAUCUGGCUGGUUCUUGCUGUAUUCUGCUUCGAGAAGGUGUUUGGGUUGGAGAGUGACGUCAUAAAUCUGUCCUGUAACUACUCCUCUGCUAGUACUCUCCAGUGGUAUCAACAGUACCCUGGAUCAUCUCCCAUCUUCCCUCCUCCUCACUGGAGUGUCCUCAAACCCCUCUGUGACAGUAAUGGUCAGACCAUUGAGCCAAUCAGAGAGGAGGUGUAUGCACCAGCAGGUCUGGAUCCUCGACUGUCAGUCAAACUAAAUGAUGAGAAGAACCGUGUGGAUCUGGACAUCUCCUCUGCUAAAGAGAAAGACUCUGCUAUGUACUACUGUGCACUGACGCCCACAGUGAAAGGUGAUACAUUAGAGGAUGAUAUUACUCCAACCAGUCCUGAGGAGUAUUAUUUAGAGGGUAGCAGAGCUAAGAUCUCCUGUAACUAUACAGUGAAGGCUUAUAAUCUCCAGUGGUACAGACAGUACCCUGGAUCAGCACCCCAAUUCCUCCUCCUCAUCACAGACACUGCAACUCCACGUGUAGUGGAAGCUACUCCUCCAUACCCAAGAAUGACUGCUAAACUGAACGAUGAGAGAACCCGUGUGGAUCUGGAGAUCUCCUCUGCUGUUGUAACAGACUCUGCUCUGUACUACUGCGCCUUGCAGCCCACAGUGGCAGGAAACCCAGAAACCCUGUGA